UGAACAAAACUUCCUCUUUGGAAGCGUCUCUGUCCAUUCUGACCCUCGAAGUGCUUGCGACAGCGAGUGGGAGCCAUGGAGGGCUACACCGACCCGACAGAAACGAAGCCACGCUACCUGCUGGCGGUAGGAUCCGCAUAUCUGGGAUCGUAUGCGGUCGGAGCCGCUCUCGGAUACUCUUCACCGGUGACGGAUAAGUUCGUCCAAGCUUACAGAAUCAGUGAUGAAUAUUUCGGCAGCGUCAUCGCUCUGGGCGCCUUGUUCGGAGGUCUGGUAGCGAGUUAUCCUGCGGAGAAACUCGGCCGGAAAUUCACGAUCCUCUUUUCGGCGGCGAUUUUCGCGUUGGGAUGGACUCUCAUGCUGAUCAGGAGCGGACCAUGGAUGCUGUACCUUUCGCGAGCGAUCCUCGGCCUCGCCAUCGGGAUCGACUCCAUGGUGGUUCCCGUGUACCUCGGUGAGAUUUCACCGGUGGAAAAACGAGGGAUCCUCGGCGCAGGCCACCAGCUCAACUGCGUUAUCGGCAUCUUGGUCACGUACAUCUUCGGUGUACUGAUGGGGCCUUCGCUAUUGGCGAUCACGUGUAUCAUUCCCGUGGUGCUCAACGCUCUUGCCAUUUUCUUCAUGCCCGAGAGUCCCACGUGGCUUUCAAAGAACAAGCGACCCAUUGGCGAGAUCAUGUCAUCUCUGUAUUUCCUCUACGGGAGGACAGUUCGCGCCGAAGCUCAACGAGAGCUUCUCCAAGAAGCUCAGGAUAACACAGCGAACGAUUUCGUGAUUACUGACUUGUUCCACCGGUCGGUCCUGGCACCCCUUUUGAUCGCGCUCGGGAUAAUGUUGGCUCAACAGGGUUCGGGGAUCAACGCGGUGGUGUUCUACACGAAAAAUAUUUUCAUUCAAGCCGGAGUAACGAGCAUAGAUCCCGGAGUGCAGACCAUAAUCGUAGGAUUCGUCCUGGUCGUUUUCACUGUGCCAGGGGCGCUUCUCAUGGACAAGGCAGGUCGGAGACCUCUGCUGCUCAUUUCAUCGUCGGCCACGCUAUUCGGCACCAUCCUGUUCAUCGUAUUCUACGCUAUAAGGCCCGCAACGGGUGCCGUACCGGGGUCGAUCGCUUGGAUGCCGAUAGCAGGAUUAUCGAUCUACGUGGCUGGAUUCGCCUGCGGACUGGGACCCGUUCCGUGGCUGAUGAUGGGCGAACUCCUGCCCGUCAGAGCUCGAGGCGCCGGGACAGGCAUCGCGACUGCUUUCAAUUGGUUUUGCGCCUUCCUGGUGACAUUCAUAUUCCCGGAUGUCUCCAAAAGUCCCGGUCCUCAUUACGCCUUCGCGUUCUUCGCCGUCAUCACUGUCCUAGGAAUCGCAAUGGUAAUAUUCCUGGUCCCCGAGACCAAGGGCAAAUCACUAGAAGAAAUCGAAGCCCUGUUCGACACCCGAGCCGACCUGGCCUUGAGCUCCGUUGACACCGUGGAGACAACUAAUAGCUUCAAAAUCCAAUGAGAAAAGUCCUCACUAUGAGCCUCGUCGCCUAUAUCGCCUUCAAGAACUAUUCCGAAACCCAAGCAGGAAUAAUGGACGAUUAUCCCGCUGAUUCUCCCGAUCCACUGUCCUGACGAUAGCAUCGUGGAACAACGCAUGCCCUGUGGGAGCUUUUGGGUCGCGAUAGAGAAGGUCUUGGAGAAGUCUUGGAAGUGGCGCUCGGCGUCAGACGUUUGUACAAACGACAAUCGAAUAUGGUUUUCCUGAUCGUGUACAGUUUAUGUUGUAGAGAUACUAGGCUUCUUCAUCUUACAUUUAGAACUGAUAUUCUAGCGCCGGGUCAGGAGAGCGAUGACGUCGCAUCUGGCCCUCAAUAAACUUCAGCCAGCGUUGAAAAUCUUUCAC